AUGAGAGGUCCUAUGGAAUUAACGCUGGCAUGUUUGGUAUCGCAUGACUGGCCAUCAUCUUGCGUCGGCAUCAUCUCUCCAGAAGUAUACCGAACGGGAAAUUUUGUCGCUUUCGCCAUCCCAGCAACACCAUCCUCGCUUCCCACUAAAGAUGCUAAGAUUAUCCGCACUAUCCUUAUACUUGCGCAUGUCAAAGCCGCUCUGGGUACCUACAGCGUCAUCACGUCGGUCAUCGCCCGCGUGCACCCCAAUGUCGGCAUGAAUGUGUCGGCCUUCAGCUCCUUCACAGGAUCCAAUGUCUCUGUUGACACAUUCUGGGCCGGCGUACGCUCAUACAUGGAACGUUUCUCUGCCCACGCGGGUGCUGGUACCUAUGCCUACUUCAUGGCUCUCGUGAAGCCGUGGUACGAUGAGCUCGCGGCCCUCGGGAUCUUUAUUGCCCCGAAGACGACUUAUUAA